GCAGCAGGCGGCGGCGGCGAGCGUCCCCCGGGAGGCUUGGGACUGGGGGACUGUCUCCGGCUUCACGAUGCCGGCAUGGACAGAAUAGCUUAUGAUGCUCAUCCCCGCCCACCACUCCCGAGACAUUGAGCGGAAACCCCAGUACCUCCAGCCAGAGAAGUGCGUCCCGCCUCCCCGCCCUGGUCCCGAGGGAACCAUGUGGUUCAUCCGGGACGGCUGUGGCAUCGCCUGUGCCGUCGUCACCUGGUUUCUGGUCCUCUACGCCGAGUUUGUGGUCCUCCUCGUCAUGCUGAUUCCAUCCCGGGAUUAUGUCUACAGCGUCCUCAAUGGGAUUGUCUUCAACCUGCUGGCCUUCUUGGCCCUGGCCUCCCACUGCCGGGCCAUGCUGACGGACCCUGGGGCAGUGCCCAAAGGAAAUGCCACUAAAGAAUUCAUAGAGAGUUUACAGCUGAAGCCUGGGCAGGUGGUAUACAAGUGCCCCAAGUGCUGCAGCAUCAAACCUGACCGGGCCCACCACUGCAGGCAGCUCGCCCAAGUCCUCGUGGUCACCCCUGCGGCUCCUCCCUCCAUGAGGAAAGUGGGCCUUGAAGGGGUGACGUGCCACCUGAUGUACAUAGCCCUCGUCUCCCUGCACGCCCUCAUCAUGGUGGGGUUCCACUUCCUGCACUGCUUUGAGGAAGACUGGACAAAUCUCCUGCAAGACUAUGGAGUGCCGGGGGAAGGAGCGGCAGACCCUCUUCUCUCUCCUCAGGAGAAUAAGCAGGCCCCCAAAGUCAGAUCCGCAGAGUGCAGCUCCUUCUCCCCUCCCACCACCGUCAUCCUGCUGAUCCUGCUGUGCUUCGAGGGGCUGCUCUUCCUCAUCUUCACCGCAGUAAUGUUCGGGACCCAGGUGCACUCCAUCUGCACUGACGAGACGAGCAUCGAGCGCCUCAAAAGAAAGCAGCAGCCCCGGGAGCACACAGGCAGCUGGGAGACCGUGAAGGAGGCCUUUGGCGGGGACUUCUCCCUGAACUGGUUCAGCCCUUUCUCCCGGCCCUGCCAGCCAGCAGCCUCCCACAGCAGGGACUGGGUGCAGCGGGCAGCCUCGCUGUCGAGCACGGACAACACAGAGACCACGGAGGAGCAGUCCGAGGAGCACAAGGGGGAGGACUCCUUGGAAGUGACAGAUGAGUAGCCCCUGCUGCCGCCGCCGCCACCACCAAAAAGAGAAAACCAACAGGGGGCAGCCCCAGAGCCUGGCAGCCAGCGGCCUGCCCAAGGGGCGGGGGGGCCUUUGACUCAGGGGGCUUGUGGCUACGGGGCCCCUGUGCCCUGGACCCUCCUCUCAGGCUACUCGCUGUGAUCCCCUCCCCCUUUUCUGAGAGUGGGCGGCAGAGGGAGAUGCGGGACUUUGUCCAAGUCCAUCUGGGAAGAGUCGGCCCAGGAAGGGUCAUCAGGGACCAUUUUCCGAGACCAGGAGGCCUCCAGACCUUCCACAGCCCCUGCCCAACAGAGGACGCUGUGCACAGAGAA